AUGUGGGGAAAAAAAACAGAGGAAAUGCAGAAGAAAUUAGAGAAGUGCACAAAGAUUUUAGACAGAAUGGAGAUGCGUGCUGAAAUGGAGAAGAAAUCAGAGGUGAACAUGGGAAAUGAAGAUGUUGUAAGUGAGAAAGAAGAGAAGAAACCAGUUGAGCAAGAAACAGAGGGAGUUAUAAAAAAGAUACCGGAGGUUGAAGAAGGGAGAGAGAAAGAGCCUUUUGAACAACAGUUAAAAGUGUCACCGUUUUUAAGAGAAGGAAAGUUUGAAGCAGAUUCUGGUAUCAACCCAAAAGAGAUGAAACCCAAACCUUCUCAAUCCUUGCAAGCUGUCAAAUUAGCACCAAGCAGUCCCAAAAUCAAAGUCCAGCAUAUAAAUGUUAAUGGGGCAGAAGCGACUAAGGAGAAGAAGCAAAAUUAUAAUAUUGAGAAGACUGCAAAACGCUGGAGAGAAUAUGAGCAACGAAGAGACAGGUUGAAGGCAGAAGAGGCUGACGGCAAAAAGAAGGGAAAGUGGAGGCUGGAUAGGGUUAGGUUAAUUACUUAUUGUAGAAGCCCAAUACUAAAUGAUGGUAAUUCUUUUGGGCCUAAAAGCUUUUUAAUUUAUGAAAGGAGAAUGAACCAGCCGCAUACAACAUUCAAUUCCUCAUUUAAGAAGCAACUAAUGGACUUGGGCCUUAAAGGGGAGAAGAGAAACCUAAUCCUUCGAGAAGCUAGGGUUGCAACGCUGCGUUCUGCAUCAGAGAAGGGGUUUUCACUUUAUAUUAUAUUUUUGCGCCAGACGCUUGCUGUGGCUCACAUUCUAAACGCUCAACAGGCCAAAGAAGAGCAAAAAUUCUCCCACAAACAUACAAAAACAGUAGGAAGCGACACCAUUCCAGAUGCUCUUUGUGUUGGCUGGCACCAAAGGCUACUGUUCCUGGCUCCAACUAUUACAGAAGUUAACAUACUGUAUGUGGCAGCUUCACAAAUUCACAUAACUAUCAAGAAGAAUGAAUAUGCUGCUCGUCUGACCCAAAAGGCUGGCGCAAAGUUGGGCAUAAGGGAUGAUACCAAUGUCAGAUCAACGGUCAACACUCACAGAUACAUUUCUGCACACAGCAACAAUUCAGUGGAGAUACAGAGCAAAAUGCAGCUUCAGACCAGUACCGAGAAAAAUGUGAAACUGGAACUGAAGAUUUUGGGCAUGUUGAUAAAUGUGCAGGUUCAGGCUGCAGGUGUGGAGGAUGGAUUUGGGGAAGCAAAACAAACCAAACUCAAGAUCAAGGGGGAGUUGUUGAUCAGUAAUUUUCUUGUCUACAAUAUAAAACCCACAAGAGAUGGGGCUGAGUUCCCCAGCAACACUUCUUCAUUCUCAAUGAGAGGAGAUGAAAAUUCCCAAGAGACCACAGUACUAGACUUCACUGAAAUAGGGGAAAAAAGUUUUGGUUUUUGUUCUGCUAAGAAAAUCAGAACGGCUUAUACUAAGCAUGACAAGAAGCUCAGACUUUUCUCAGGAGCAAGAGAAGUAAAUGAAGAAAAUAGAGGUGAAAUGUCUACUAACCCAAGUAUUCUGUCUCCUGGUUCUGUUGUUGCUGGAAAACAGUUUAAAUCUGUUUUUUCAUCCAAUAUGCGUUAUGAUGCUCGGUUCUCUGGCAUGAAAGUUGAAGAUUAUUACAAGGGAUUGAAGAAGGAUGUCAAGAUUAUUGAAGCAGUUCAGUUGGAAGAUUUUCUGGUGUGGGCAAACUUGUUUUCAUACCAACAGAUGUUCAUACCAACUGCUGUUUAUGCUUCUCACCUUGAGGACAAGGUGAAACUUCAAGGGGAGGGUAAUGAUAGAGCUCAUGAUUUUACUAAGACCUAUAAGAGAAAAUCAAGGAAGGCAAGAGGUUAAAAGAUAACAUUAUUGUUGGUUCAGAUGUUUGCCCUUUGGAUCCUGGUUAUGAGGGGAAAAAAGAAAGUAAUUGAUGGCCUAGUGAUGUGCUAGAGUCCUAGUGAUGGUUAAGGGUCUUCUAGGGGUAAGGGCUGUGCUAGAGUCAUUUUUUAGGUCUUUAAAUCUUCCUCUUUGCCUAGAGAGAGGGGGAGAUUAUUUUUGAAUAUUGAGAGUGGUAAGGAGAGCUCUGGCCUCUCGAAUGUCAGGUUGGGGGUGGAGGAAGUCAUCUUUCUUCAUCAUUUUAUCUUCUGCUAGUGUGUGUAUGUAAGUGAGUGACUUAUAUUUUAUGAUUGUUGUUUGGUGGAGUAUAUUCUGUGCUGUUUCUGUUUCAGUACGUUGUAAUUUUCAGUUCCUUAUUUCGCUGUAAUCCAACUUUGCUAUUCGGUAUUAGUAAUUUUCAGUCCCAUUUGUGGUGUAGUUUCUGGUUUAUGCUUGUUUAAAGCUUAUUAGAAUAGAGGGUUCCAUCAGAUUAUAAUGCCUUAGAUCUAUGAAAUCUCCUUUUUUUUUUGAGGAAAUGAUUAGUACUUUUCAUGGAGCCCUGGCCGUUAGAAAAAAAAGAUGACCUUUAACUUGUUUGGAGGGCCAUGUCGAGUUAGCUGUUAAAUAGCAUAAAUAUGUUUUGUUUUUGGGAAAGGGAAGGGAGAGGAAAGUUUCAUUGUAACUUCCCCUUUUCAUGAGCUGGUUAUCGGGGCAAGAGGGUACUGGAGGAUUUUCAACUAACCUUACAAGAUACUUCAAAUUCCUGCCUCAUGUAUGAUUAUGCUCCUCAAAUUUGGAUAACAUUAGAGUAGAACCAACCAUUAAGAAAUUUUAUUUAUUAUUUUUUAAAGUUACGUAUG